GCUGGCCUCGCUGCUGCUGGCAGCACUGGCGCCCACGCUGCGGCAGGCGACAGGCACCACCGGAUCGGAGGUGCCCGGGCCGCUGGACGCAGGAGACGAGGAAGCGGGGUGCACCGCCUCGCUGCUCCAGAAGGCCAUCCAGCAUAACCCAGCCCCCGACGUCAACUCGACCCGCGCGGUGGCCGGCGAGCUGCGGGGCGCCGACGGCAGCAGCCCGCUCGGCGCCAGCCGGCGCGCGAGCAAGGCGAAACUGGUCAUCUGGAUCUCAGCUUUCGCACGUUCUGGAUCGUCGACCGUGCUCUCCCUUGCCACCCGCACCGACUCGGCCGUCUUCGCGCUCUUCGAGCCCUGCCACGAGGGCGACGUGCUGGAGCCACACCUGGCCGCUCAGGGCUGCGGCGCGCUGCUGCUGCAGCUCGCGAGCUGUGACUUCACAGGCAUCCUCUUCCUCUGGGGGUGGCAGGAGGCCCACUCCCAGACCAACGGCGCCGGGCACGUCUACAACCCGUACUCGGCCGCGGAGGCGUGCAAGGCCGCGGACAUCGUCGCGUUCAAGACCAUCAAUUGGGCCCAUAGGCUGAGGGCGCAGGCCUUCCCCGUCCUGGCCGCGGACCCGCGCAUCCACAUGGUGAACAUCAUCAGGGACCCGAGGAGUAUCUACUCCUCCAUGCAGUCCACACGUGGCGCGUUCGACGAACUGAAGGGCCUGACGCAGAUGGGCACCGACGGCCUCAUCUCGAUGUGCGACAGCCUGUGCGAGAACCUGGACGUCAAGCACCCGCAGGUAUACCACCUCUUGUACGAGGAUCUGGCCACGCAGGCGAACACCAUCACCAUGGGCAUGUACGAGUUCCUCGGCUUGCCUUUCGGCGAGGACGCCCGCAGCUUCGUCCAGCAGAAGUUCAACGGGGACUGCGCGGACUCGGCCACCGACCCUUUCGGGGACUGCCGUGGCAACUCCUCCGAG